ACAGAGAUUGUCAAGUUCAUAAUUUUUGUACUGAGAGCCCAAUUUCUUGAAGAUGUAUCACAAUGGACAUUUAGUGCUCACGAUUUGCGUCGUCAUGUAUUUUAGUAUUUUAAGUAAUGUGGUAGAUGCUUCUCAUACCAGUAUGACCAUGAGGCGUGCAAGGACUAUGACUAACUGGGUCUACUUCAAAGUACCUAGGAUUGAAGCUCUAGUUGUGAAAGUGCAGGGUCGAGCAUUGCAUCCUGGAGAUAUGAGCUGCUGGAAAAAUCUUAUGUCUCUCGCUGAAUUUUCUUCUGGUUUUCUUGUCUAUUUUCCCACUGCGAGAAAAGGGUCAACUUACAGUCUAAUCAUCUAUUCUGAUGUUGAAGUAUUCUAUGUGAGAUACGGAAUUGUGGCAGAAAGCGUUUUUCGAGGAGUUAAAGGUCCAGAUAGCUCUGUCAACAGUCUACUCGUGAAUUUCUUUGGUUUCAAGAAAAUUCAUGUGACACUAUUUGAAGAGAAUCCACAAAGGCCUUUGAGACUGCUUGAUCCGAGUAGCUUGAGAGUUGGUUUUGGAUUGCAUGCACUGGAGACGUUGGUUAGCAACACGUUUGGUAUUGCUGGCAAAUUAUGCAUGGAACUUCUUGCAGAUGGAUAUAAGGUCACUUCAAGGCCAAGAACAAUCAACCAUGAGUACCAGAAGAGUAUAGAUACAUUGGGCAAUGGAUGGUUUUCACCGCGUCAAGAGUAACUUUUCAACUUAGCUUUGGGACGCCGAGAAAAAUUGUAAUCAAAUAAAAUAAAACUAUUAUCGGAUAUUGAAGAAUGAGUAUUGUAUGAUAAUGUAUCAGAAAUAGAUGAUGAGAUAUAUUCCUUUAAUAUGUGAAUAUUAUAGUUAUUAUUUAACGAAAAUCCUAAAUAAAUGCUGUAAAUCACCCCGAAGACUUCUGCUACUGCAGAC